CACCUUCAAUUGGGAGUUUGUUCUUUUUGGAUCGUCAACUGCGCGGCUAGCUCAAGCUUCGUUGUUAGCAUGGGGGGUGUGCUCAGCGGCAGGAAGGGGAGUGGAUCCGAUACGCGCAACAUUAUCAGCACUUCAGACGGCCAAGCGCGACAUGCCUGUGGAAGUAAACACAGAGAAGGAGAAGCACUUUGAUGGCCUGGUCCAGGAAUUCUUUGGUGCGCCGUCAGCUAAUUACAGCGUCAAUGGUGGCGCCAUUGAAGUCCUGGAGAGGUGGUUCAGUGAACUUGGCAUCCGAUGGGUUCUCCGCCUCGCUGACGGUGCAGAUGCAGGGGAGCUCGAGCAUACUUUUCCUUCUCAAGAACGUCCUUAUGCUGCGCGGUCAUGGAUCCGGGCUCUCACAGAAAUAAUAGGGACCAGCCAUUCUGCGAGUUCCCUCUUUCCUGAUCACUCUUCCCAGUUUGCAAGAUUUACCCAGGAAGCGGUUUUGAAAAUGCUCCCUUUUGUCGACGUUAUAGUUGCUACCAGUGAUGAAGCCUUUCUUAGCAAAUUGGUGGAUGCACCUUACAAGAAGCUCGAGACCCUGCUGAAUGUGCGUGACGCUCUGUCCAAAGCCUUGUCAAAGAUCCAGUCGCCAUCCGAGUCGGAGGCCUCUGAAGAAGUUCGAAGGAUACAGGGUGAGAUGGUGACCCUCUUGUCAGCCAAGGAGGGCAAGGUAGAUGAGGCCAUCUGGAACACAAUGGAGGAUAUUAGGAGAGGUAUCCUAGAGCCGAUGGAGCGCGGUGGCAACUCAUCGGGUACUCACACUCCACGAGUAUCCCCGAUCAUUUACAACGUCACUCGGUCCGUAAUAAGCUAUGUCUUGUUUCUGCGGACCAGUUACUCGUCAGUGGCUCCAAUCCUUUACGAAGCGGCUAGCCGUGGUAAGAUUGUGACUGAGAUUGGCAACACAAACCCUUUGUCUAGUCUUGCAGUGGAGAUGAUCUCCUGUAUAGAAGAAAAGGUCAACAAGAAGUCGCAAUCGUUCCUGGACCAGAGCAUCAGGUUCCUAUUCCUGACCAACAAUUCUUACUUGAUAUGGCAGCUGCUGCAUCAAUCAAUUUCUGAUACGGUUCCUGAAUCACAUAUGCAAGCACUCACCAACAAGACCGAUGACUACGUACGGGAUUAUGUACAGGUAUCUUGGGCACCGUUAUUGUCCUGCUUGAACUCUACCACACCUUUUCGUCUCGGAAGAGACUCCCCGCUUGCUAAGUUCGAGAGAGAAUUUCAAGAAACAUACAAUACCCAAAAGCUAUGGCCGGUUCGAAACCCAGAGCUGAGGAGAGAGCUGCGGGAGGCAAUCGCCGAAAAAGUCAUUCCAGGCUUUACAAAAUACCUGGCCGAUAACAACAUCACCGCCCGGGAACGGAAAGUCUUCUUUUCAUUUUUGAAGGACCGGAAACGGAAUGUCACUCCAAAGAAGAUGGAGGAAAUGCUACAAGAGCUAUUCGAAGGGUGAGCAAGUUUCCGUGUGUGUAGCCAUGUAUGCUUCCAUAUGUGCUCAGAGUUUCAUUUUGGUUUUGGAGUAAAUUGUGGUUGUUCAAAAGAGAGAAAA